AACCCGAGUCUCUUAUGUUUCCUGCAUUGGCAGGCAGGUUCUUUACCACUAGUGCCACCUUAGAUUCCUGUAGCUACCUCCAAACAAAGCAGUUAUAAUGUAACACAAUUCUUAAAUCUCCUAGAAAGCCAGAACGGCAAAAAGCCUCAAGAUGGAAUGUUGCUACAUAAUAGUUAUUAACUUGCAAAGAGGAAAAGCAGUCUCCCCAAAAUUGUAAACUUUGGUGUCUUCUUCUUAACAUUUGAAACUCUAGAAAGGAACUAGGGGGAAAUAGUUUAGAAGAAUGCUUAAUUGUAUCCCAGGUACACAGGUGUUUCUCUAAGCCAAGCACACUUGAGGCAGGAAAAUUUUUAGUCCACUUCCUGGGACCCUGCUGAAGGUUAGUGUGAAUGUCAGACUAAUUCUAACAUGUGUGUAGAACAUACUAAAAUGUGCAUGUAAGAUUUUCUCAGCUGGGGAGCUUAGUCCAUGUACAGCACUAACAUGUAGGUCUUCUUAUCACUUCUAAAUCUGUGUGGGGCAUUUUUAUUUUUUGUUUUCAUCAUACAAAGGCAUUUUAUGAUAAGUUAUAAGCAAAAGCAACUUAGUUCUUCAGAAAAAAGAAAAGAUAAAAUAGAUCAAUAUUUAAGAUAUACUAGACAAAACAUCUGAAAAUAUAAAGAUAAAAAUACAUUACUCAAAAAGUUUGAAUUUAUUAGUAUAUAAAGCUUUUAAAUCCCUCUAGUCAAAAUUUCAUUCACAAGAGGUUGUAGGUUGGUUACUUGUUGAAAAUCUAUUUGAAAAGAUCAAAAGCCAAAAUAAUCCUUUAUUCCUUUGUUCCAUCAGUACUAAGUCACAAGAUCUUUGUAAGUCAACCCUCGCUUCCUUGGUGCGAGUUUUUCUGCUGGGAUGAGGAGCCUGGGAGAGUUCAAUGAAUGGCCCCACUUGCCCCGUGGUCGAGGCUGGAGAAAUGGGCCCUGUGAGGCAAGUGUGACCCUCGAGUCCAGCCCGCCAGCCCGACGACCAGCCGGGAGGACAGCACCAUGGCUGGAGUCGUACAGCAGAAGAGCGGGCUGGUGCGUGACAAGCUCGGCGAGGCCGGCAAGAGGAAUGGCCUCAUCAACACAAGGAGCCUGGUGGCCGAGAGCCGGGAUGGUCUGGUGUCCGUGUACCCCGCUCCCCAGUACCAGAGCUGCCGAGUGGUGGGCAGCGUGGCAUCGGCCAGCCCAGACGGCACCAGGAAUGAACCACUCCAACAGCUGUUGGACCCCAGCACGCUCCAGCAGUCAGUGGAGUCCCGCUACCGACCCAACCUCAUCCUAUACUCGGAGAGUGUGCUGCGCCCCUGGGGGGAUGGCGUGGCAGCUGAUUGCUGUGAGACCACCUUCAUCGAGGACCGCUCACCCACCAAGGAGAGCCUGGAGUACCCCGACGGCAAGUUCAUUGACCUCUCGCCUGAAGACAUCAAGAUCCACACGCUAUCCUAUGACGUGGAGGAGGAGGAGGAGUUCCAGGAGCUGGAGAGUGACUACUCCAGCGACACGGAGAGCGAGGACGACUUCCUCGUGAUGCCCCCGCGGGACCACCUGGGCCUCAGCGUCUUCUCCAUGCUCUGCUGCUUCUGGCCCCUGGGCAUCGCCGCCUUCUACCUGUCCCACGAGACGAACAAAGCCGUAGCCAAAGGGGACUUCCACCAGGCCAGCACCAGCUCCCGGCGGGCCCUCUUCCUGGCCGUGCUCUCCAUCACCAUCGGGACCGGCAUCUACGUGGGCGUGGCCGUGGCCCUCAUCGCCUACCUCUCCAAGAGCAACCACCUAUGAGCUUCCCUGGGCGCACAAGGAGCCUGGGCCAGUCGUGUGCCGGUGCAGAGGAGCAGGGCUGGCCAGGGUGGACACACAGGCUGUUACAGUGUAAGUCAUCGCCAAUGAUGCCACGAAGCCCUGCGAUUUAUGGAUUCCCUUUGUUUUCACCCUUUCAUAUCGUUUUCACAGCACUGUGUAGAGCUUGGGACAGAUGGGGCACCGCUGACCCAUUCCCAGUGGAUGCUCCGAAGAUCCUGACCCUCAAGGCUGUCUCCGCAUGGAUCCUGGUGGAUUAAUGGCCAGUGCCCAGGAUGCCAGAGCAUUAGCAACAGACAAACAGGAACAUGUGUUCAUUUAUUUAUUUAUUUAUUUUGGAAUAUGGUGCAACAGGAAGAGGGCAGGGGACACAUGCUCUUCUGCCGGUGGCCCUGCCUGAAUCCACUGGCAGCACCGCCCCCUCCAUCCACGCACCUUCCCCGCGGGAAGGAAAUAGGCCAGGUAGGGGGAGAGACAGAGAAGCUGCUGGAAGGACCCCCAGCUGUCACGGGUCUUCAGACGAGUCCAGCCCUGAGAAUGCAAAACCAGGAUCGCCCCCAGGCCCAGAACGUCGCUCCCUCCACGCUGUCCCCGGCCGAGGAAUGUCAGGCCUCCUCUGGAACACGUCCCACCUCCGCAGCCACCAUGCAGCAAUAUGCAGUCCUGGGGUCCUCGUUGAUCUGGGGCCAGGGGUAGGCCGGCCCCUCCCCAGACUUCUCCCUGGAGGACCCAGGUUUGCUCCAGGAACUCCAGGCCCAGGAGCCGCGGACACCCCGGGGUACGCUUCUCCCCACCUGCUGACACCUUGGUGACGACGGCGACACUAGUGAUCUUACUGAGGACACGACUAAAUGAAUAGCUAUUUUCUUGUCAUUUUUUUAAGUGCAACUAUUGCUUCCUGCUGCUUCAGUUAUCAGAUGAAUGCUGAGAAAUAAGUAAUCACAGACAUUUUAAUACCA